GACACAAAGGACAAGUCAAAUAUGGCCACCAUGCUGAGAUCGUGGACGAUGCUUGCAGCUCUGGUCGUGUGUCUGCUGCUGUGUUGGAGCAGCUUUUCAGACGCGUACCCCGCUAAACCCGUGAUGCCGAACAAUAACGCACCUCCCGAGGAAUGGGCCAAGUACCACGCAGCCGUCAGACACUAUGUGAACCUCAUCACCAGACAGAGGUACGGGAAGAGGUCUACUCCAGAAGAGAUGGCAUGGCUGCUUUUUGGAGCCGACUCUAACCAAGACUCUGAACCACGGCCGGAAUACAGCGAUCAGUGGUAA